AUGACAUACACAACUUCGGAGAUCACAGCUCUGCGCAUCUAUCCCAUCAAGUCAUGCCGAGGAAUCUCUCUAAAGUCGGCGAGAUUGACCAGGCAGGGAUUGGAGCUGGAUAGACGAUGGAUGUUCAUUGAUAGCAGCAACAAAUUCAUCACCAUCCGCACAAAACCACAGAUGACAUUGAUCAAUACCGCACUUGAUCACGACUCGGAUAGCCUAGUGAUAACCAUAGGCCACGACACGGCCAAGCAAGUCAAGGUGCCUAUUCACCCUAGUCAGGAGUGGCUCAGUGACAACACCAAAGAAGUUUCGGUCGACAUCUGGGAGUAUAUCACCGACGCCUAUGCGUACACGGAUCCAAAGAUAUUGGGUCUUUUCCACGAGUUUUUCGGAGAAGAAGUUCGCCUGGUGAUGAAGGGUCCUGAGCCAAGGAUAUGCUCCGGCAAUGGCUCUCCUGACCGAUUAGGACGUACAGAAAGCGUCAAUUUUCCGGACGUCCUCCCUAUUCAGAUCGCGUCUGAAUCAUCGCUUGCCGAACUGAACUCGAGGUUGAAGGAGAAAGGCGAAAGCGAAAUUACCAUUGAGCGGUUUCGCCCAAACAUCAUAAUCAAAGGUGGAGAGCCGUGGUCCGAAGACUCAUGGAAGAAAGUGCGAAUCAACGGCGACUCUUCGUACUGGACUACACUCACAGGCGGCAACUUACAUGCCAUUGACGUUGAUGUGGUCGCGAGAUGUGCUCGCUGCACGGUACCCAAUGUCGAUCCCGAUACCGCAGAGAAGGAUGCCCACCAGCCUUGGGAUCUGUUAGUCAGUUAUCGCAGGGUGGAUGAGGGCAUCAAGUUCAAACCCUGUUUCGGCAUGCUAUGUUGUCCAAGGAAUGAAGGGAAUGUUGAAGUAGGAAUGCGAUUCGAGGUCAUGGAGAUUACCGAUGCGCACAAGUAUGUGAAGGGGUUUUAG